GCUCACCUGAUCUAACAAAUCCAGAUAUGACCUGACCGACGGUGGACUGUCAGGCUUCUGUGUGCAGACUGGAAGAAAGGUUAUGGGUUAAUAAUCCGCCUUUCUAAUGGCAAAAACAACCAAAAGAGAAACAAUGAAUGCAAGAAUGUAUGUAUUUUUUGUCAUUGGAGCUUUGUGCAUCUUCUAUCAGGCUUCAGCGACAGAUAAUAUCUACAUCGCUGAGCUGAUGGUGGAGAGUAAUGUCACACUGGAGGCUCAGGCUGUGGUGACGUCUUUGGGUAGUGUAGGUGGAAUUGAAGUGAAAGAUGAGGAUGGAGCCCUCUACACAGUGACCCUGACACAAAAUGAGCUGACAGCAGAAUGCCUCAUCUUUGGGGACGACUCAUCCUGCAACUGCUCUACUGGUUACACUUGGAGCAAUGAAAUUUGCUACUCUCACGAAUGCUGCCGUGACAUGACUUGCAACAAAAACGUCUCUCACAUCACCCCACUGUGUGUCACCAAACAGACAGUGCGCAUCAAUGGAUCAGUUACACUGAGUGGUACCACCUGGGAAGCUGGUAAAACUACGCAGCUUACAAUGGAAUUUGAAAAGCUGAAUGCCUUUGAUUCUCUGAAUAUUACCGGUCAGAGGCAAGACAACAGCAUCGCUGAUUUUGAGGCCGCUGUAAAUGUCCAAGUCAACACCUCCAAACUUCAAGAAGUAGUGACUUCACUGGAAGGCACGCUUAAUGCUGUUAUUUUGGUCGACACUGAAGGAAUGGUCACCAUAGAGUCCCCAUCAUCCCCAGUGUGCUACAAGUCCUCACCAGUCCUUCAAUGCGUGCUUGAGGAGGAGACGGAGAGUUCUGGCUGGAACAUAACCAGGGAGCAGGAGCGCUUGGAGCUCUUUGAGGGCAGUGUGGUCAAACUGGACACCAGCUGUGUCACGGAGGAUUACAAGUCUUGUACUCAAGUUACACUCGAGGAAAUCACAAGCAUCUGGGAAGGCAUGUAUGAGUGUGGAUUCACCAGUGGGUCAAUCAGGCACACAGCCAAGAGCAAACUUGAUGUGGCGUCGCUUCCAGAUGAAAUCAUUUUGUCAACAAACCCUCUCACUACAGACUGCUCAAAGAAACAGAAGGUUGAACCAGUGGUAAUCAUGGCCACUAUUCCAAAGAGCACAGAAAACUUCAGAGUUGUGUGUAAAUACACGUAUGGGUGUACAAUUCAGUCAAACACAACUGAUGGAGACCACCAGAUCUAUAAAUUUGAGGCUCAAAUCAACUGUGAAAAACAGGAACCACAUUUUGCCAAUAUCACCUUUAAAAACUCCAAAGAUCAAGAAAAGAGCGCAAAAGUGGAUAUCCCAGUGAUUUAUGAGGGUUCACCAUUUUGCGAAGAAGAAGUGCUUAACGGAGAGUUUUGGCCAAGGACCCCAAGUGGAGACACAGCCAUUAACCGAUCGUGUACCGAGGGCAGAACAGGCUACAAGUCACGGACGUGUAAAGACAGAACCUGGGAGCCCGUGUUUUUCUACUGCGUUAACCAGGAGUUAAACAAUGUGGAGCGGGAUGCAGAUAACUUCAUGAAGGGUCUAGGUGCUACUGAAGAGGUGGCCUUUAAUAUAUUUGAACGCCUAAAGAACUUCUCAGUCACAUUUGUCACUGACACCAGCAGCAUCAGCGACACCACAGCUGACGUCAACGCUUCCAUCAACGUUCUCAGUUUGAUGGCCAGAGCCUCAGAAACUAUCGAGUUACACGAAGAAGUCUUUGAUGAUUUUAUCCUCGCAGCAAGCAACAUGCUGAAUACAAGCUGGAGUGGGGUCAAUGAGUCUGUUGUCCACGACAUGUCAUCGAGUUAUCUCGAGUCUGUGGAGAAUCUGGUUCAGAAUAUCAAAGUCAAUCAGAGCACUGGCGUCCAAAGUCCCAACUUAGACCUCAAUUUCUGCUCCAGGCCAGACUGUAAUGUGACCGUGUUUGACAUCAGAGUGACAAUGAACAUAACAUACGGAAUAAUGAAAACGCUCGGCAUUAAAAAUCUUAUGGAUAGAAUGACAAACAACUUCAAAGCACCUGGGAAUGUCAGCCUCAUUCUAUCCGCCACUCUAGAGAACAACAACGACACAUCUUUACAAAUCCGAAUGGACUUCCCCACUGAACAGCAAGAGUUUGGUAAGCGUGACUGCGUCUUCUGGAACACGACGGAUAGAGAGUGGUCCAAGGUAGGAUGCACCGCUAAAAAAAGUCAUGGUAACCGAACAGUCUGCGCGUGCACCCACCUCACCUCGUUCUCUGUCCUCAUGGCAAAGGGCAAAAUAAAAGACGAAGUUCUAGAUCUCAUCACUCUAGUAGGCCUCGGUGUGUCCGUCUGCUCGUUGCUGAUCUUUCUCAUCGUCGAGUCUUUAGUGUGGUCGGCUGUUGUGAAGACCAACCUUUCACAUUUUCGCCACACAGCCCUGGUGAACAUCGCUGUCUUCCUCUUGCUUGCUAACUGCUGUUUUCUGGCUUCAACUUCUCCUGAGGACCUCAGUGAAAGCUGGUGCUUUGCUCUGACCGUAGGUAAACACCUGUUUUACAUGGCCAUGUUCAGCUGGAUGCUCUGUAUGAGUGUCAUGCUAGUCCACCAGCUCAUCUUCGUCUUCAGCCCACUGAGGAAAAGAGUCUUCAUGUUCCUCUCCAGCAUCGUAGGCUACAUUUGCCCAAUACUUAUUGUGGGAUCCAGCUAUGUCUACUGCAGAUACACAGGGAGGGACUACUUCAAAAAAGACACAUGCUGGCUGGUUUAUGUCAGACUGUUGGAGGGCUCCAUACAUGCUUUCCUCCUUCCCGUGGGAACUAUUAUUUUGACAAAUCUCUUUUCCAUGGUGGUCGUCAUCGUUACAUUGGUGAAGUCUUCAGCCCCUGAGGGCAGCAAGGCAGAGGACAAGGAAACAAUCAAAAGCAUUCUUAAAGUAGUCGUGUUUCUAACGCCUGUCUUUGGAGUGGCGUGGAUUAUCGGCUUUGCACAGCUCAUGCUGAAUGAUGAAAGUCCCUUACACCGUGUUGCCCUUUACAGCUUCACCAUCCUCAACUCCUUUCAGGGCCUGUUCCUUUUGAUAACAGGAUGUUUUGCAGAGCAGAAGGUCAGAGAGGAGUUGUUUAAGCUCGUAAUGGCAAAGUCAAAAGGAAAAAGCGAGAGCAUGAAAAACCUGACUUCCACCACAUACACAAAAGACAAAUGAAGACAAAGGUUUUGGGGAGACAAACAGCGUUUGACCAGCACAGCUUCACUUUUUGUUUGCAGCUAGAUGAUAGAGUAGUUUCUAUGUGGAUUACACGAUAAAGAUAGUUGUGUUUAAACUAGCUGAACUGUUGAUUACAACUGAACUGGUACAUCUAUGUUUAGAUCAUGUUUAUUUGAUAGUGACCUUUAUUGUAAUUAAUAGUUGUAGCAGUCACAAUGAUGUGUGUCUUUAAAUCAAAUACUGCUCUGAGGAGAUGUGACGAAGGUUCAUGCAAACUUUAAGUCCAUACCUGUCUUAUAGUGAAGCAGGUUUCUCAUCCACACAGAAUCAAACUGUUUUCUGUUUGCUGUGCAUUUAAUGUAGUCAGACUGUAAACAAAAUUUUUUGUUUUUUCAUAAGUUUUCCUUGGUGUGAAUAUUUUUGUUUAA